CAGAAGCGAGCACAGACGGGGCUAGGGGGCACUCUGUUUUCAGAGAAAGUAAUUGAGAGUGCUGGCAACAGCAGCUGAAAUAUAGAGAAGUUGUAGGAUUAACUUUUUCGCCCAAAGCAGCUUCAGCCCACGUUUUAUUCCCAUCGAGGGAGGGAGAAUGGGUGCCGCUGAGUGGGCGGGGGAGUGGUCCCUGAAAGGAGGUGGAGUGCUACAGCCCCUCCCCGUUGGCUCUCGCUGUUUGUACGUUGUUGGUUUAUACUAACUUGACAACAGCCGCCUGUUGAGUCGCCUCCAGAUCGCAGCUGAAGGAUCUGUUGAGCGCUUCAGGAAAGGCGGACAGGCGACACUAACAGGUGAAGAUCUCGGGAGACCAUGACUAAGAAAAGAAUUGCUGUGAUUGGGGGAGGAGUGAGCGGGCUCUCUUCCAUCAAGUGCUGCGUAGAAGAAGGCUUGGAACCUGUCUGCUUUGAAAGGACUGAUGACAUCGGAGGGCUCUGGAGGUUCCAGGAAAAUCCUGAAGAAGGAAGGGCCAGUAUUUACAAAUCAGUGAUCAUCAAUACUUCUAAAGAGAUGAUGUGCUUCAGUGACUAUCCAAUCCCAGAUCAUUAUCCCAACUUCAUGCAUAAUGCCCAGGUCCUGGAGUAUUUCAGGAUGUAUGCCAAAGAAUUUGACCUUCUAAAGUAUAUUCGAUUUAAGACCACUGUGUGCAGUGUGAAGAAGCAGCCUGAUUUUGCCACUUCAGGCCAAUGGGAAGUGGUCACUGAAUCUGAAGGGAAAAAGGAGAUGAAUGUCUUUGAUGGAGUCAUGGUUUGCACUGGCCAUCACACCAAUGCUCAUCUACCUCUGGAAAGCUUCCCUGGAAUUGAGAAGUUCAAAGGGCAGUACUUCCACAGUCGAGACUAUAAGAACCCAGAGGGAUUCACUGGAAAGAGAGUCAUUAUAAUUGGCAUUGGGAAUUCUGGAGGGGAUCUGGCUGUAGAGAUUAGCCAAACAGCCAAGCAGGUUUUCCUCAGCACCAGGAGAGGGGCUUGGAUCCUGAAUCGUGUAGGGGACUACGGAUAUCCUGCUGAUGUGUUGUUCUCUUCUCGACUUACACAUUUUAUGUGGAAGAUCUGUGGCCAAUCAUUAGCAAACAAAUAUUUGGAAAAAAAGAUAAACCAAAGGUUUGACCAUGAAAUGUUUGGCCUGAAGCCUAAACACAGAGCUCUGAGUCAGCAUCCAACCGUAAAUGAUGACCUGCCAAAUCGUAUCAUUUCUGGCUUGGUGAAAGUGAAAGGAAAUGUGAAGGAAUUCACGGAGACAGCUGCCAUAUUUGAGGAUGGCUCCAGGGAGGAUGACAUUGAUGCUGUUAUCUUUGCCACAGGCUAUAGCUUUGACUUUCCGUUUCUGGAAGAUUCCAUCAAAGUGGUCAAAAACAAGAUAUCCCUGUAUAAAAAGGUCUUCCCUCCUAACCUGGAAAGGCCAACUCUUGCAAUCAUAGGCUUGAUUCAGCCCUUAGGAGCCAUUAUGCCCAUCUCAGAGCUCCAAGGACGCUGGGCCACUCAGGUAUUUAAAGGUCUAAAGACAUUGCCCUCACAGAGUGAAAUGAUGGCAGAAAUAUCUAAAGCUCAAGAGGAAAUUGACAAAAGGUAUGUGGAGAGCCAACGCCAUACCAUUCAGGGAGACUACGUAGAUACCAUGGAAGAGCUUGCUGAUUUGGUGGGGGUCAGGCCCAAUCUGCUGUCUCUGGCCUUCACUGACCCCAAGCUGGCAUUACACUUAUUACUGGGACCCUGCACUCCAAUCCACUAUCGUGUACAUGGCCCUGGAAAGUGGGAUGGGGCUCGAAAAGCUAUCCUCACCACAGAUGAUCGCAUCAGGAAGCCUCUGAUGACAAGAGUAGUUGAAAGGAGUAGUUCUAUGACUUCAACAAUGACAAUAGGCAAGUUUAUGCUAGCUCUUGCCUUCUUUGCUAUAAUUAUAGCUUACUUCUAGUUGUCCUAUUGUCACUGCCCUGUUUUUCAUUGGGAAGCUUAUCUACAGAUGCCUUCAGAAUCUGACGAGAUUGACUCUCAGUUUCAUAUUGCCCAGAAAUCUACUUUAAUGUCUCUUUCGAAAGCAUUAAUUCACUUUCCUUUUUCCUACAAUGAAACCUGUUUUCCAUUUGUAUUAACUCGUCUCCCUUCCACUCAUGAUCCGUCACUCUUCCUUGUGGUAAUCCCUAGACUGGGAGCUCAGGUACUCUUUUAGUCAUCUUUGUAUGUCUUUAGCAGAGUUCUUGACAUGUGGUAGGUGCUUAAUAAAUGUUUGUUGUUUAUCAAAUUUUAUGGUAGGGAGAGUAAGUCAGCAUCGGUAUAAAAUCGCUUACUCCACGUAACUCUUCUUCUGAUAGGGUUUGAUUUUCUAUUAGAAGCUCAAUUUUAGUUUUUUUCAUAUUAUAACUAAAUAUGUUUCCUGAGAGAUAAGAGAAAUAGUGUUCCUACAAUAGUUGUACGUAUCUAAGAUAAGACAUAUAGAUGCUUAAGACAUUUUGUUUCACUUGCUAUUCACUAGUGUACUUGAAACAUGGUCAUUUUUAGCCCUUUUCCUUAGGAACCAUGUCUUUAUUUUCUCAAUAAAGAAAUUACUUUCAACUUUCUAGGCUCACAGUCAUUCAGAUCAUCUACCAUCUGCCAAUGAGAUCAACUUGGUUGAGAAUUUGGGGAUUUUAAAUUAGCUGUCCUACCUUUUUAAAUCUCUUUUAAAUCCUUCCCAUAUUAGGAUCCAACAAAACUUUAUCUUAGGAAAUAUGAUAAGUAGCUUCCAAUUGUUGUAGUGUGGUCUACAAAUGUGAUUUGAUUCAUCUUCCCCCACUCUAAUUUUCUCCCCUUUUCUCCUCCCUUACAUGGAGUCUAAGUAAGUAUUUGAACAAGUCAUUUAUGUAUUAAAUUAGAACUGAUAUUAACUAAAUGUAGGAACAUUCUGCUUAUACCAGUUUUUAUCAUGUCGUAAAGUGUAGUUCUGAAAAACAGAGCAAAUGAAAUGCAAAGCAGGUACUUGGGUUUACAUCCCAGUGCCACUGAUGAUUCUGUUUUCUCAUCUGUGGAAGUUUCACUGUUCUUGUUUCAUGGAGAAAUUAACUAAGUGUCAGCUGUCAGGCACACUGAACUCAGUUGAUGUUCAUUAAUAGCUGUUGUACAAUAUGUUUGUAUUUGGAUUGCUGCUUAUUACUUAACAACAGAAUAAACCUGAACAAUGGAAAAGACCAACAUUAGAGAGUAUUAUCUUUCCAAAUACACACACCUGUAAGAGAACUGGAAAUGUGAGAACUACAACUUCUUAUUUAAACAUUUGAACAAUUGCCGGCCCUUUCACCGAAUUUACCUGUGGAAUGCCUUUUGAGAGUUAGAGAACUGAGAACUGGUAUUACUUUUCAGGUCUUUUGCUUUCCCUAAUCCUUGUGAUACUGGAGAUUUAUCAUCUAUUAAAAUGGACCUAGUAUUUUUAAAUCUGCACAUCAAAAGCAAAUUGAAUGUCUCUUGCUUCCUUUUAAUUUCUUUUAACAUAUAAAUUUGUUUCUCUUUUAGCAUGUAAAUUUGUUGAAUUAACAGCCCUUUGAUAAUAUAAUUCCUAGUUAUCAGCAACAAGUACACCAGUUUCUUUUUAAAAUUAGGAGUAUGUAAUUCUAAAUUAAUUGAUUCUCUCAUUGUACAUAUUAUAUGUAAGGUUACAAGAAAAAAUCAUUGGUUAAUGAUUUUUUAGCUCAACCAAGCUAAAAGUAAGAUGUGAACAAGAAAUUGAACUCAAAACAACUUAAGAUACAAAGCUCUUGUUACUGAUAAUGUCUAAUAAUAUUCAUCAAUUUACCAUAUCUUGCUCUUAUAUUAAAAUGUUCUAUCAUUUUCCUAAUUAUUUUAAAGUCGAUUACAAAAAUAUAUAUAUAUUCUUGUAGUGCCAGAAAAUUGAAUACAUUAAUAAAUGGGGUAGAAUAGAUGAAUCUCCCAUGAAGAAGAAUUCCAAAUAAUUUAUGAACUCUGCCCUCAAGGAUAUGGAGCAGAACUUCCUACUUCUCCAGUGUGAGCUGAAUAGUGACUUCCUUCCAAAAAUUACAUAUGGAAAGGGGGAAAAUAACUUUGUAGUGGAGAAAUCUGAUAAACACUAUCUCGGCUAGGUUAUCAAGAUUAACACUAACAGUAAUAAGUCACAUUGAUAGUAUGUACCUUUGAGAUGAAGUGAUGAGAAGGCCACUUUACCUCUCUGUUGUAUUCCUCUCAAAAACCAUAAUGCAGUCUAACCAUGAGAAAAACAUCAGACAAACCCAAGUUGAAGAAUAUUCUACAAAUACCUGACUACCUCAAAACUGUCAAGAUCAUCAACAAAGAAAGUCUGAGAAAUUGUCCCGGAAUAAAGGGGCCUAAGGAGACAUGACAUCUAAAUGUAAUGUAGUAUCCUGGAUGGGCUCCUGCAACAGAAAAAGAACUUUAAGUAAAAAUUAAGGGAAUAUUAAUAAAGUAUGCAUUUUGGUUAAUAAUGUAUCAAUAUUGGUUUAUUAGUUGUGACAAACGUACCAGAGGAAUGUAAAAUGUCAACAAUAAAGGAAAUUGGAUGUGGGGUACAUGAGAAUGCUGUACUAUUUUUGCAACUUUUCUUAAAUCUAAAACUCUUAUAAAAUUUAAAAAUAAAAAGAAAUGUGGAGUUAUUAUUAUUAUUUUUUGGCUCAGGAUUUGACCCAGAACUAUGGUCUGGCAGAAUUUUCUCAGAGGAGGAAUACUGGCUAGUACAAGUCAUUCAAAUUACUGUGUUUUUCUAUGAUUUCUCCACAAAUUAAGUUGCUUUAAUAAUGCAUAAUGUAACUUAAUUCAGCAGUUUUGCUUCCUUUGCUGAGUAAGUAUAGACUAUAAUUAUAGAGAAUGUAAAAUGGUGAUAUAAAGUCAAAAUACACAACUUCUUAAAAUCA